UCCAGACUACAAGAACCCGACUCUAAAUCUUGACUUAAAGCUUUCGUGACUGCAAUAAUUCAUAUUCAUUGGGUCUUUCGAUAGCUUAAGAACAGCUUGCCUUGAGUGGCUUCCCCCCUCUUUCUUUUUAUCCACCUAAUAACGGUCGCUUGUGUUUGCGAUCGAAACGUCGUAGUUUUUUUGUUUACUCUAUUUUUUCUUACCUAUCUACGUGACUUUACCUACCGUAAGACCCAAAGAAUACUUAGAAAUCCGGUUUACACGACACGAUCACGUUGGGUCGCAGCGGAUAAUCACGCAGUAUAUCUCGCGGAGGGGCAGAUUUGCAAAGAGGUGGAGAUUGCCCUGCCCGCCUGCAAUCCGGCACGUUCAGACAUCUGUAGGAACUUGAUUGGACAAAGCAGGAACGCGUUUGAGGGCGCGUCUCCUAAGCCAGAGCACACGCCAACCAUGCUGAUCGGAGGUGGAGAGGAAAGUCUACAAACUCCGACACGAAAAGCCGGUCUGAAGAGACGAGUCUUCAAUCUCGACACAGAUUGACAGCAACCCACACCGUGACAGAUACAGUCUCGUGUAGUAACGCAGCGCGUCUCUGCAAUGCAGUUACACGGUGACGUGCCUUUGCCGAUGUCGACGCUGGAGGAGGCCGAGCUGCAGCUGUCCGAGCUGGAGAUGCUGGCGAGCAUGUUCCCGCACGCCGGCGAGAUGACGAUCCUCGACCCGGGGCCUCCGGCCGAGCUGGCGCGCUGGGUCCAGCAUCGCGACGAGCCGCCCCCGCGGGGAUACGUCGGCUUCUCCGUGCGACACCCGACCAUCGCAGGCCUGGACGCUGUGUGCCAUUUCCCUCAUCAUUACCCCACUCAACCCCCCGAGAUAUACGUCAGAGCCGACUCCUCGAUGGGACGCGCCGAGCAGGGGAGGCUCAACGGCGAGCUGCAGGCGUUCCUGCGGGAGCACGCCGCGGGCUCGCUGCGCGUGCUGGCGGCGCUGGACUGGCUCGCCGAUAACGCCCCCCCGCUCCACGCCGCCCCCGCAGCGCCAGCUCCGGUGCCGGGCGGACAGAGUCCCCGGCCCCGGGCUGCCUUCUCACGCCUGUGGAUCUACAGCCACCACAUCUACAACAAGGACAAGCGACGGGACCUGGUGUCCUGGGCGCGGGACCUGGACCUCACGGGUUUCCUCAUGCCGGGAAAGCCGGGGCUCGUGUGCGCGGAGGGCCCAGCGACGGCCUGCGACGAGUACUGGGCUCGGGUCCGUCGCCUGCAGUGGCAGAAGAUCGGCAUACGGCACCGCGAGGACUUCCCCCCGAUUGCCGCCGAGGGCACGGGAGAGUCGCCGCCGCUCCCUCGCUUCGAGCCGCCGUUCCGAGAGGAGGCGUUCGACGUGCACGGCACGCACAUGGACCUGGGACAGCUGCGCCGCUUCCUGGAGGGACACGGCUGCGGGGAAGCCUUCACGAUAGUGUUCGGCGUUGAGAAGAAAUAACGCCCCGUUUUGUUUUUGUACAACGUUGCCACGUUAGCUAUAAAACUAUUUAAAACAAUUUUUUUAUUCUACCGGGUAAGGCCCACCGCUGAGCUGUUCGGUAUAGCUCUUUUAUAGAAGCGAUCGGCCCAUCACAAAUGAUAGCUCAAUGAAGUGGCUUAUCAUCAUGUGGAAAUUCUAUGGCAGCCAAAUAACUCUUAAGUGCGUGUGUCUCCUGCACCUUCCUCGACUUCUUAAUUUGUUGCUGAUCUUCAAAAAUAAUUGUCGGAUCGUUGGUCCCAUCCAAUCGUGUUAUUCACGUUUCGUUGGAACAAUGUUUUUGCCAGGCGAGAACUCGACACAUUUGCUGGACUGACCUGGGUCACCCAGAUGAUAAAGGAAAACUAAAUUAAGUACAGCAAUGACGCUUUAAUAUUAUCCCUGAUGUAUGAGGGAUAAUAGAAAACUCAUCUGUCUGGUCAUGUUUGAGAUGGGAAAGAUUAAUUGUUUUUUCACCGCUUUCCAAAAUAACUACCCAUAAUCCCAAAAGUGUAUUUCCUGUUUUUAAUUCAAUGACCGUCAUCGCUGUACAGAGUCAGAUGCCUCCUGGUCCCAAAACCGGUCAUUAAAAAAACACUAACAUCCUCGUGAAUCACCUGAUACGUCUGUUAAUAUUUUGAACUAUUUUAUCACUGAACACCGGGGUGGAUGGUUCAAUUCUUGUUGAAGUCGUGUUAACCUGGAAAUCUGCGAGCAUCGGAGUGGAGUGGACACUCUCCCCACCAACACGCUGAGACAGGCUACGGUUCCAGUUCAUUUACUCCACCUCUGCAACACAUUCACAGCUCUCUAAUUCAUCCACAGCUCCCUUAUUCAUCCACAGCUCUCUCCUUCACCCAUGGCUCUCUGCAUUAACAUACGCAGCUCCCUCCUUCAUCCACAGCUCUCUCCUUCACCCACGGCUCUCUCCGUAACACACACAGCUUCUUCAUCCACAGCUCUAUCAUUCACCCACGGCUCUCUCCGUAACAUACACACAGCUCCCUCCAUCCACAGCUAUCUCCUUCACCCACGGCUCUCUCCGUAACAUACACACAGCUCCCCCCUUCAUCCACAGCUCUCUCCUUCACCUAUGGCUCUCUACCUUAACACGAGCAGCUUCUACAUCCACAGCUUUCUCGUUCACCCACGGCUCUCUCCUCCUCUCAUCCCUUCUCCGCUGUGCCCUUUUAUCCCCGCAGUCCCCUCUCACUGUUACCUCCCCUCUCAUUCCCUGUUGCCUCGUUCCCAACCGCCAAUCACAUUGUCACACCCAGGACGAUGUGUCCUCAUCUCCAGCCUCGGGGCUACUCCCGGUGAAGUCGGUGCAGGGAUUGACGUCAGCUGAUGUCGUUGGGAGCGUUAUGGAGGACCGUUACAGGAGCACGGUCGUGACGGUGAAGCAGAACCAUCACCAUGCAUGCAUGCAUAUUAAACUUCAUUCACACCGUACGUAGUCAACCAUGCUAAUCGGAGGUGCGGGGUAAGCACAACAAAUUGGACACUUUAAGCAGUGUUAAAGAAAUGAGUUUUCAAUCUAGAUUUGAAAGUGCAUAGCUCCAGUGACUUUCGGAAGAGCGUUCCAGACGGCUGCAGAAGCGCGUCUGAACGCGCGAUGCGGUGACCGUCUUUGUUCGAUGGCCAGCCAAAAGCCGGUGCUGCUGCGAGGAUGACCAGGAGUUUACGUGACGAUGGUUUAUGCUCGUUAGUGGGAUCAGCAAGGUAUCGUGGUUCAUUUGUGGCAAGCACUUAGUGUGUAAUGAGCGCAAGCUGACGUGCUAAACGCAACACAUUUACCAAUACCUGCAACCAGAGCCCGUUUCGAGAUGUGUAACCGUAUUGUCCGGCUUAUAAAUCACUCGAGAAAGUGAAACGCACCCAAAAGUGUGGGGUUAUUUUGCAAAAAGUGCGAGUAUUUAUUUACAUGUUUCCUUAAUCACAUUUUCGACGUACGGUCCAUUCCUGCAACAAACAGACGGUCCGGCGUUACGGGUGGUGGAUCGUGGUGCGCCUUCUCAUUGACAGAGCUCAUCGUUGACAUGUUAUUGGACUGGAUGAGAUGAACAACAUGCCGGGAAGGGGCUGUUCAAGAGAAUGGGUGGAGGGGGUAGUGGCUAAGGGCCGUCCAUAAAUGACGUCACGCGAUUUUGGACGAUUUUUGACCCCCCCCCUCCCUUCGUCACACGGCGUCACAAAAAGUCAGAC